GUGGGGCCCCAGACUAUUGACUUUGGAUGUUUGGUAUCAACAUGGAGUCAAGCUUCGCGGGCGGUGGAGCGGCUCAGGCUGUGAGGAUAGAGGGGGCGGUGUUUCCUGGUGGGCCCUUUCCCCGCCCCGCCUGGUUCAGCGGCCCUCCCGGGAGGGACGGGCAGUGGAGAGGAGGCCUGCCAGCAGUGAGCAGGGGCAGGGCCCUCCCCAGAGCACCUUCCAGGGGACUGGGGGUGAUGCUUCCAGAAAGCAGGAGUGAGCGCAUGGGACCCUCUUUUCCAGAGUUAGUGACUGUCAGUGGGCAGGGCAGGGGCUUGGAGGUGCAGAGCCAUUCAGCCUCUUGUUUGGAGAAGAGAGAAGGGCACUGCAGGCAAGCUUUGGUCAGCAGAGGAGACUCGCUGCACGGGUGUGCAGGGCUCUGCCCUCCUCAGCCAGCUCUGUUCUCCAAGGUCCUCCUGUCCCGGGGCUCAGCCUCCAGGCCCUAGCUCAGGCGGAGGGGCUGUCAGGGGCCAGAGCCCUGCCCUGACGGAUGAGUGCUGACGGCCCCACUCCCUGCGCCCUCGGCCGUUGACACCCCAUCACACCGCUGCGGGGACCCCGGGAGACCUGGCUGCCUCUGCGCACCCCCGCGGCAGCCUGCAGGCGACGGGGGCGGGGACGUGCCAGGCGCCCCUCGUUCGGCCGCACACCUGCGUCUCCACUGCGCUCGCCUCCACGGGGCUGCCCGACCCUGCCCUGCUCGGGCGGCGCCACCGGUGUCACCGGCCAAGACUCCAUCCACGAGUUGCCGGCGCGGCGCAGAUUGCUGAGCCGGUCCCGGGCGCGCGAGGCCGGUGGCAUGGGGCCGGGGCCCGCCCGCUAGCCGCUGCCAUGUCCCGAGAGGCCGGCUCCUGCCGCCUGGGCCCCGGGGCGCGCGCCCGGGCACGGAAGCCCAAGAAGCCGCACUACAUCCCGCGGCCCUGGGGCAAGCCCUACAACUACAAGUGUUUCCAGUGCCCCUUCACCUGCCUGGAGAAGUCCCACCUCUACAAUCACAUGAAGUACAGCCUCUGCAAGGACUCGCUGUCCCUCCUCCUGGACUCCCCCGACUGGGCCUGUCGCCGCACCCCGGGCACAUCCCGGCCUCCCGCGGCCACCCCAGGCCGCCCUGCGGACCCCUUGGCCCCAGCUGACCCUGGCACCCGUCCCCGAGGGGCGCGGCUCCCGGAUGCCCCCGCCACACCCGACCUGGACCUCGCGGCCACCGAUGUCCUCUCCCUGCGCCGCCGUGUCGGGGGCCCCCGGCUGGGGGCCGAGGGCUCCUCCCCAGGGACACCACCCCCUGAGCCCGGGGAUGUGCAGAAGGGUGCGGGCCUGGAGGGCCUCCUGGCCCAGUCGUGGAAGCUGGGGUCGGGCGGGGGCCGGAGGAGUGCAGCCGUGGUGGGCACUGUGGGCCCCGAGACCAGUGUCCCCUGCUACCCCCCGCCCAGCUCCGGGGAGCUCCCCGAGGCCCAGAGCCUCCACCUGUCCCUGCUGGGCGUCAACUACCCUCUCGGCCCGGGCCUCUUUUCCUACCUGGGGCCCUCCCUGGCUGCCGCCGCCCAUGUGCCCUUCCUGGCCUCGGCCAGCCCCCUGCUGCCUCCAGCCGCUGCCUUCCCUGCCCCACAGCCCCCUGAACGCCCCGCCCUGGUCCCCCGCCUGUACUACCCCCUGCUGCUGGAGCACAGCCUGGGGCUGCCGGCAGGCAAGACCGCCCUCGCCAAGCCCCCAGUGCCCCCGAGAGGGCCUCCUGGGGCCCUGGUCCCUGGGCUGCUGAAGGUGCCAGUGCCGGGGCUGGGUGGGCCCUGGCACCGCAGUGCUCUCAGGGACCCCGGGCAGGAAGAGCAGCUGGGGCGAGUGGCCCAGAGCGAAGCCAAGAGAAAGCUGGCCCUGGGGGCCCAGCCAGAACCCCUGAAGGCCCCCUGCAGCCGAGCGAGCAUCAGCGCCCAGAGCAGCCUGCGGACCGGCCCCUCCGCGAUGCUUUGGCCUGAGGACGAGGAGCUGAGCGACCUUGAGACUGCUGGCCCCGCAGCCUCACUGCCCCCGCAGCCACUGGGCCUGGCACUGGGGGGCCCUGGGCACGUGGGUGGGGACCUGACGCGGGCCCUGGGCGACUGUGCCAGGGCAGAGCAGCGCCUGGGCCAGCUGGCGCCCGCCGGGGGCCUGGCCCCGCGGCCCCUGCGGGAGCAGCUGGGAAAGAUCCGCCGUGAGCUGCUCACCAUCCACCAGGCGCUGGUGCGAGCCGCACGUCCACCCGACGCACCCCUUGACCUCUCUGUGAAGCGGGCUCCCGCCAAGGGGCACGAAGUGCCCGCGGGGCCGUGGACGCAGCCGGAGCUGGGCCCCACACUGGCCCGGGAGACCCCGGAGCCACGCGGCCUGCUGCCGGCCCAGCCUCUGACCAGCCACACCACCAAGUGUGAGGCCGACUCCAGUGUCCCUCCCCCGGCCCUUCCCCUGCAGGCGCCCGAGGACCUUGUCAUUCCUGGCACCUGGGGCGCCCGCGGUGGGGCUGGGGGCUCCUGGCCCCCCGAGGCCGUCCCGGGCCUGCAGAGCCCGCCGGGUGCCGAGGUCUGACCACAGCCCCUGCUGCCCCCAUGGUCCUUCCUGGACGGGUGCCCUCCUCCGACCCUGCGCCCGUCGCCUGGCUCCCCUCCCACCCCAGCAUGCCCGGGGACAGACCCCCACCUGCCGUGGCCACGCCUGCCUCUAGGGCCAUGGAGGCACCACCCAGGGCCCCUUGGUGAGCACGGUUGUGGACAUUAAAACGGAGACCACCUUCACACUCCCAUCUGGGCUCCUUCUUCACUGCCGCUGCAGCGUCACCGUCCACAUAAAUGUCCCCAGACUGGGUGUCGGGGCACAGUGUCCUGGGCCCUCCCCCGGGACCCAGAGUCUGGGGAGAGAGUGGGGUGCUAUCCACGGGGGCAGAGCAGGGGCAGGGGAAGCAGGCGUGCACAGUCUCGGAUUCUCUGCAUUUCUGCAUACAGGUGGUGGGCACAGACCCCAGGGCAUGCCUCCAACCCCAUCUGGCUGGCCAGCCCUAAUGUCAGAUUCAUCCAGGAGGCUGCUCGCUCUGGUUAAACGGUGCCCCACGUGCUGUGGCCCAGGGCUGGUCGCGCAGUGUGGACUUCACUGGGCCCUGGCCAGCCCCUGCAGCUGCGAUAGGCAUCGGGCGGCUUUCACAGCCCACUGCCUCCCUCCCAGCGCGGCCAGACUUGGCUUUCCCACAGCGGGGGGAGGGGUGCCCCAGGGACCCUUGGGCCCAGCUAAUCGCUUCUCUGCCUGGGAGCUGGCCACACCUCUGUGCCCACCCAGGAGUGGCCCCAGGAGGGCCGCUCCUGCCUGCUCUCGGCUCCCCAGGCUGGGCUGGCCGGGCUGGGGCCAGUCGGAUCAGGACUGCAGCUGCCCAUCAGCCGUGGCGACAGCAGAUAGCA